GGACAUAAAAGGAUUAAGUAAUUUAAGCUUGGUAAUCAAUAUUUACAGUAUUGAUUUAUAGAUAUUUCACUACUAUUGUAAAAGCUUGCAAUAUUUGUGCUGUGAUGCAGAGUAUUUCAUACUGAAUGGCAGACAGUUAUAACUUGGUCUGUAAAAAUCUACAUUUUACAUCAGUAUUACAACAGCCCACCAUUAUUGAACAUUAGACUGAAUAUACCAUUAAUGCAAAGCUCAUCACAUAUGCUUGAAGUAACACAGGUAUAUAUAUUAUGGUAUGUGCACUGAUGUGUUACAUAGUAAAAUUAUUAGAUGUUAUAAAAUAUUUGCAACAUAUACUGUCGGAGUAAGUGGAAAUGUGAGCAUAGUUGAAGGCACUUACAUCAUGAAGAAUCUAUCCUAUUCUUGUAAAAAGAUGAAAACAUUGACAUGCCUACAUAAGCAAGGCCUUUGUUCCGGUUGGCAGAAUAGUGUGCUUUGGUAUCCACAAAAAUUAGGCACAAGAAAUAUAUCUAGUUUUUAUUUGCAUGGAAAUACUAGAGGUCAUCAAAGUAGAAGUCACCAGCUGAAUUUAAACUGCAUUGAAUCACAAAUAAAUAAGCUAUUCUCACAAAAAACUGCAGGUUUUCAUACUUUAGCAAGUAUUUGUGUUCUGGAUAUAUUCAAUACAAAAGGGAUUGAAGACUUGUAUAGGAGGAACACUGUAAUAGUGACUCGAGGGUCAUCAAGGUCAUCACGGACAAUAGAUGAGGAGAAUGAAGAAAAAAUUCUACAUAAAUAUAUGAUGGAAAAAAUGUCCAUUGAAAAUGGCAUGUUGUCAUGGUUUCGUAACACCUAUAUAUUGACAUUGGUCAGUUUAGCUUCCAUGCAGCUUGACACAACACCAAUUCCAUCUGUUGCAGGAGGAAUUGUCAUUACAACGGCAGUUAUGAAUUUAACAGUUGCCACAGGGAAGUAUAUUACCACCUUCUUAAAACUGGGAAGAACUAACAGACUUCAUGGAACACCUUUGGAAGGGCAUAUUGUUUUCAGUGUGAUACACUAUAUAUUGCUCCUAUGUUUGUAUUGGGCAAUAUUCCCCGGUGUCAAUAAAAUAGCCGAGGAGUGGAAAGCUUACAGAAGAAAGGAUACUUGAACAGUGUCAUACUACUGUGAUUAGAUAGCUCUUUAGGGUUUAUUUUAGUUUUAUUUUAUAUAAGUGAAAGCUCAUGUAUAAGCAAUACCAGAGUAUAUUUUUGUAAUCUAAUUCAUACUUGCUUUCUGCUGAUCUACAUUGGUUUGAGAGAUAUCAAGAUCAGAUAAUGGGCAAGUCUGGUUUACAAAGUCAAGCCUUUGCUCUAUAUUCAAAAUGUGCAACAAAUGGAAAUAAUUUAAUACUCAAGUUUUUUGUUACACUGAUGAUACUCAGGUGUCCGUUUGUGCCUGAAAUAAUGUAUGGAAGGGCUCCUGAGGUCUUCCUCCACCAGUAAAGCUGGAAUGUCGCAAUAUGACCUAUACUGUGUCGGUGUGAUGUAAAACCCAAUCAAACAAAUGAACACUGAUGCUAAAUCACCAAAACAAAUAAAUAUGCUCCAUUAUAUUUCGUUAAUGAGAAAGACUUCGUCUAUUAGCACAGUUUAAACACAAGUGGGAUGAUAACAUGCCAUGACCAGGGCAGUGAGCACAAGAGUGAAGUCAAAGUAGACAGGAUAUUGUAAGCUUCACAUUUUAAGCUUUUUAUCCCCCGCCGAUGGAAUCGGGAGGGGGAUAUAGUUUUGG